AUGAAAAGUAGCCCGACACGCAAAUAUGAAAAUUUCUCCGACCACCAGGCAAAAGAGACUGACAAAUAUUCCCUAGACAGCCAAGACACGGCGAGUCUGCAUUCGAACGCAGAGGAGGGAGGGCGGCGGGGGGCGGGGGACGCGAACGCUGGCGCCGGCGACAUGUGGAUCAGCGCGGUCGAGAGCUCCAUCCUCAGCUGGGAGGAGGUGGCGGAACGUCUCCAAGUUGACGUGCGUCGUGGGUUAUCAUGGCGAGAAGCGAACGACCGCAUGAACUUCGUGGGGCCCAACGAGUUCCAAGUGAAGGAACAGGAACCGUUGUGGAAGAAGUACAUCGAGCAGUUCCAGAAUCCCCUCAUACUUUUGUUGCUUGGUUCAGCAGUGGUCAGUAUCUGCAUGCGGCAGUUCGACGACGCCAUGUCCAUCACAAUCGCGAUCAUCAUUGUGGUGACAGUCGCCUUCGUUCAGGAGUACCGCUCGGAGAAGUCGCUUGAGGAGCUGAACAAAUUGGUACCACCAUCAUGCAACUGUUUACGAGAAGGCAGCGUCGAACAUUUCCUAGCACGAAACCUAGUCCCGGGCGAUAUAGUCCACCUGAACGUCGGCGAUCGAGUGCCCGCAGACUUGCGACUUUACGACUCUACGGACCUCGCUAUAGACGAGUCGUCUUUUACCGGCGAGACUGAGCCGGCCUCGAAGAGCGUUCUACCCAACAAAGCGGCUGCUGGGAGAGUCAAUAAGGACAACAUAGCUUUCCUCGGCACGCUUGUCAGAUGCGGAAAUGCAAAGGGCAUCGUAGUCAGCACUGGAGAGCGCUCGGAAUUCGGUGACAUCUUCCGUAUGAUGCAAGCCGAGGAAGCUCCGAAGACGCCGCUCCAGAAGUCCAUGGACACCCUGGGAGCGCAGCUUUCCCUGUAUUCUUUCUGCAUCAUCGGCUUCAUCAUGGUCGCUGGUUGGCUCCAAGGGAAACAGUUGCAGGAGAUGUUCACUAUUGGCGUCAGUUUGGCAGUCGCUGCUAUACCUGAAGGCCUGCCCAUCGUUGUGACGGUAACACUGGCACUCGGCGUCAUGCGAAUGGCCAAACGGAAUGCUAUAGUCAAAAAGUUACCCACCGUCGAGACUCUUGGCUGCGUCAAUAUCAUAUGCAGUGAUAAAACCGGUACGUUAACGAAGAACGAGAUGACAGUUACAACUCUGUCAACGUCGGGUGGGCAUAUAGCGGAAGUCACGGGCGCCGGUUAUAGCGCUAGGGGCGAUGUCCAGUUGCGCGCCUACAAGGGAAGGGACCUCGACGUGGCAAGGAUGGGUGUGAAUAGCAUGCUGGAGGUGGGCGUGAUUUGCAACAAUGCAGUGAUCCGGGACGACGUUUUGUACGGCCAACCCACAGAGGGCGCUUUGCUCGCCUGCGCUAUGAAGAACAAUAUGCACGAGGUGCGCGAACAGUUCACGAGAAUCAACGAGAUACCUUUCAGUUCAGAAACUAAGAUGAUGGUAGUGAAAUGCACGCCAAAGUACAGCGAUGGCAAGCUAAAGGAAGAGGUUUUCGUGAAAGGCGCCAUAGAAAAAGUUCUUCCGUUGUGCACCCAGUACAUCGAUAGUGCGGGCAACUAUGCGCCGAUCACCAAAGAAAAACAGGCGGAUUUCCUGAACGAAGCAUAUAAUAUUGGACGGAUGGGUUUGCGCAUAAUAGCCCUCUGCCGUGGAGCAAGUCUAGAAUCUCUCACAUACACUGGUGUUUGUGGCGUAUGCGAUCCCCCCAGGGAGUCCGCGAGAGAUGCGAUUGCCGCGCUGCGAAGGGCACAGGUUCAAGUUAAAAUGGUCACCGGAGAUGCGAGGCCUACUGCUUUGGCUGUCGCACAAAUGGUGGGACUGGACGUGCUUCACUCUCAGUCUUUAUCGGGUGACCAACUAGACGGUAUGUCGGACGACGAAUUGGAUGCGAUUAUCGAUACGGUGACAGUUUUCUACCGGGUUACACCUAAACACAAACUGUCGAUAGUCAAAUCACUUCAGAGGCUUGGCAAUAUUGUUGGGAUGACAGGCGAUGGCGUUAACGAUGGAGUAGCGUUAAAACGCGCGGACAUCGGUAUAGCAAUGGGACGCAACGGCACCGAUGUGUGUAAAGAGGCCGCUGAUAUGAUCCUUGUGGACGACGACUUCGCUACUAUUAUCUCUGCAAUCGAGGAGGGCAAGUGCAUAUUCUACAACAUCCGCAACUUCGUGCGCUUCCAACUGUCUACGUCUAUCGCGGCACUGUCGCUCAUCGCGCUCGCCACUCUCAUGGGUGUGCCCAACCCGCUCAACGCGAUGCAGAUACUGUGGAUCAACAUCAUAAUGGACGGUCCGCCAGCGCAAUCCCUGGGCGUGGAGCCAGUAGACCACGAGGUGCUCCGCCGAAGGCCGCGCGACACUAAGCGACGCAUAAUCUCCAGGUCAUUGCUGCUCUCCGUACUCCUGUCCGCUGCCAUCAUCAUCACUGGCACGCUCUGGGUUUUCAAUAGAGAGAUGUCAGACAACAAGAUAACUCCACGUGAUACAACAAUGACGUUCACCUGCUUCGUUCUCUUCGACAUGUUCAACGCGCUGUCGUGUCGCUCGCAGACCAAGUCCGUGUUCCAAGUCGGAUUCUUCUCUAAUAAGAUGUUCCUGAUAGCCGUAACGCUUAGCCUGGUGGGACAGAUGCUGGUGAUCUACUUCCCGCCGCUGCAGCGAGUGUUUCAAACUGAAGCUCUCACUGGACAUGAUCUCAUAUUCCUAGUCUGUCUCACAUCGAGCGUAUUCAUAGUUAGCGAAUUCAAAAAACUGGUUGAGCGUACACUGAAGAAGCGCACCCUUGGUACCUUCUCGACGAAGGCCCACGACGCUUUGGACUUUGUAUGACACGAGUCCGACAGGAAAACGCAGUAGACGGCGCGACUUGUCGCUGUGACGUCACAGAACAUGACAGUGGAAUUCACUGUGUCACCAGCCAGCAUGACACCAGUACAAACUGCAGAGACCAAAGUGACUACAAAGUCUCAGAAACGGGACACAGUGAAAACCACCAUGUCGAAGGACAACAUAACACAAGAGAACACUGCAGAGUGAAUAGUGACGUUUACAAAGUUUUGAACAACACAGAAAUGGAACACAGUGAAAAUGUGAGCGGGCAAGUGAAAGUGACACAGUGUUUCUGUGAAGGAAUUGGGAACAGCGUGUCUCAAGUGAGCACUCGAAGUGAGGAAAGUGAGUUUAGUCAAAACUGUCAGUGUAGUGAUAGACGGGCACCGUUUGUUAUUUAUGAUGGCAAAAUCGAUAUUCCUAUUCGUUUGUAAUCUAUAUUCUGUAUUUGCAGAGUAAUAAUAAGGUAAUGUUGUCAUCACAUUCCUCAAGGCUGUAACUCAGGCGUCCUUUCUCAUAGGAGGUCUGGUCUGGUCAAGUUAUGUGCUGUAACCGACCUAUAAACCAGCCCACCCAAUAACCUAAUUAUCUAUCUUGUAUUGAGGCUCGCUUCAGCGGAUGCACUGCGACCCUCCAGGAUCUUUUGUGCUCGCCCCGUCCUUGUAUCCCACCCUAAAUAGCUUCAAAUAUCCACUCUAAGAGUUUGAUUGAAGCUUUUAGGUUGGAGGCACAGUAGGAUUACUGUGGUUGUGGAUAGGCCUAUUUAAAUGUAUUACUGUCGAUCACUUGCAAAUUGCAACAGUAUGUCUGCAAUUGGGCAUUAUUGUUUGUGGAAAUAAACCCUAGAUUAUUCCUUGUAAAGCCCUCUACCUGGCUGAAAAAGUCAUAUCUAAAUGGUCAUACCAAAGAUGAGCUAAACUUUGCAGCAACUAAACGAUAAGCAAAUUUUAACACACAGAAACAAUUUUACUGUGUUUGGUUAUAUAAAGAUGAAAAAUAUCAAAAUUGGUCCAGUUCCAAGUCAAAUAAUUCUUUAUUCAAAUAGGCACAUAAAUGUCACUUUUGAUGUGUACAUAACAUGUAAAAUAGGGCAUACAAGUGAGUUGAGAGCGAUAUCUAAAUUGGUCAACUUAAAACUAAAGCUACAAGGGUCCCAGUUGUUUAGGAGUUCAGUAAUAUACAGAACUAACGUACAUGAGAAUUAUAUUAUGUUUAAAUAUGUAUUAAGAAACCUUAUUAUUAUUCUGUAUACUACAAUUCCCUUUCUAUGAUAUUUGCAUGCUUACUAUCGUAGUUAUCACAGAGUAAAAUGUACCUAAUCGUUCUUUUUAUACAGUUUAAGUUUGUUCAUCUGUCAACACCCGGAUAUUUUCGAAAAAAAAAUCAGUAGCACAAUCAGUUUACAAGUUUAAAUACAGGAAAGUUAGGUGUAUUUUACUUUAAUGUUAGUGUUUAUGCUUGAUACUCAUAAUUAGGGUAUGGAAUACCAGUUGUGUUGUGUUGUCUCAGUAUUUAUUAAUAAUAUUUAUAGUUUUAAAUUGAUUUCAUUUGUAACGUAAGUGUAGUAUUUUGUGUAGUUUAAUGUUUACGCUUAUAUUCGUGUCUUUGGGUAUUUAUUAACAUUUUUAUUUUAUCAUGAUCUAUAUAUACCAGGGGUACAUAGAACCAGUAGCAGCUGUGGCGUACAUAGAGGGUAUGCACAGGGUAUGCAGAUGAUAUAAAACAAAGAAAAUCUCCAGUACAAGUUAUAAAAAACUCAAGGAUGAGCAUUGUUAUUAAAAUUCUACUCUUUAAGUAUUUAUAACUCGUACGCCACUGGUGACCAAAAAGGAUUUGGCGUUUAUUUCCGGUAUUCAUGCAUUGCCUGACAACAUGAACAUGACAAAAAUUGUUACACUGGUGUAUGGGGUUUUCCACGAGAGUGGCAAUUUGAUAGGUCAAAUGAUAAACCUCUCCCCGUUACAGAUUAUAAAAAAAAAUCAUUAGGCAGUGCUUUUGUGCAUGUGCGACGUCAUUUGAACUCUCAGUAUUUAAAUAAAAAAUGCGUAGUGUGGAAUCAGCAUUAAAUGCAUUUUUUUGAGUAUUUCUUUUUUGUAGGAUAUUUUAUGUAAUAUAUUAAUAUUAAUGAAUUUGUCAACCCCGUAGGCCUAACAGUAGGUAGGUCGUAGGUCGUUUGCAAUGUAACAUCUUCAAAGCCUAUUAAGUUAAGCACAAUCAAACCUAUCAUAAAAAAAAUUAGAACUUGUGUAAAAUUAAUUUGCUAAAGUUAUUUUGCUUGUAAAAAUAAAUAUAUGUUUUUUAGAGUUUUAACAUCAAUAACAAUUAACAUGCUAAGACAAAAAUUCGCAUGUUAAUGCUAAUAAAAUAAACAGCAAUAAUUACUAUCGCCCCAGUACUUCUGGACAUCUCACCAGUGUCAUAGAUUUAGAUAUAUUUUUUCGAAUAAACCUAUUUAGUCUUAUUUAACACUCCUAAUAAAAUAAUAUAUGAAAGGUGUUUUAAAUUUAACUACCUAUGUAUAUUGAAUAAUUAUAAUAUAACAUUUAAAGUUAUAGAAAACAGUUGUUUGACAUGUUACAUACAAUAAUAUAACAUUUUUAAUGAAAUAAGUAUUUCUUUCUCCUUAAACUAUAGCCACACUCGUAAGCUAGUAAAAAAUUUAGACUUGUUAUAUUAUAUGACACAUUUGUAAUGCUAGGACUUGUUAUGCAUAACAUGUUAAAUGUACUGAAUAAAAUGAAAUUUAGUUGUAAU